GCGCGAGUGCGCGCCCAGGAGUCGCGCGUUCAAGUGCCUGUAUCCUUCAGCUCAUUCGCUCGCUCUGAAGGCAACGUUCAGUGGCUUCAUACAGGUUUGGGAUUUCUACUCUCUUAGUGACACCCCGGAACCGUCACUUAAGCGCAUCCCUGGCAAACAUGUCCAAGUUGGAGCAGAUUCUCGUUCUUGAUCCACCGAACGAUCUUAGAUUUAAAGGGCCUUUCACAGACGUGGUCACCACUAACUUGCGUCUGAAGAAUCCGUCCGACAGAAGAGUAUGCUUCAAGGUGAAGACCACAGCGCCGCGCCGCUACUGCGUACGGCCCAACAGUGGAAUCAUAGACGCAGGAGCCACUGUCACUAUCUCAGUAAUGCUACAGCCGUUUGACUACGACCCCAAUGAGAAAAGUAAACACAAAUUCAUGGUGCAGACCAUCUUCGCUUCACCCAACGUUGCAGAAAUGGAGGCCAUGUGGAAAGAUGCAAGGCCAGACGACCUCAUGGACUCCAAACUGAGAUGUGUCUUUGAUAUGCCUUCCGAAAACGACAUAGUGCGUGAGGUAGAUGCGGCUAAGCCUGUGCCGGUUCUGAACUCAUCAUUAGUGGACGGACCCGCGGGUCCCAGAGGCGGGUUGAGCGGUCCGGCGCUGGACGACACAGAGAUGCGGAAACUUCUAGAAGAGUGCAAGAGACUGCAGGCCGAGAUGAGCAAACUCUCUGAGGAGAACCGACAUCUCAAGGACGAUGGCUUGAGAGCGAGGAAGCCGAUAUGGUCGGAGAACGUCAUGUCUAACGCCAGCGCUCUGAUUGGUCGAGAGUCGGCCGUCAGCUCUCUCCCCUCCCUUCUCGUCGUCAUAGCAGCCAUUUUCAUCGGGUUCUUCCUGGGCAAGUUUGUGUUGUAGGCAGUGCAGGGGGGGAGGGACGGGAGCUUGUCUGUCUGUCUCUCAGCCUGUUUGUGUGUUUGUGUGUGUGUGUGUGUGUGUGUGUGUGUGUGUGUGUGUGUGUGUUUGUGUGUGUCUGUUUGUUGUCUGUGUGUCAGUCUGAUACUGGGGGGUUUACCAGGGCUGAAGCAGUUUAUCAUUGACUCUGCCAUAUCAUCAGUGGUGUGGCCUGCCUGAAAGUCACAUUCGCACACACCACUAUAUACAUCACUGCACAUACCAACAUGCACCACAACACAUACACUCAGAUUACACACACACACACACACACACACACACAUACAUACACACACACACACACACGUUAUAUACACCAUAGCAUAUACACUCAGAUUACACAUACACACUAUGUACACCACAAACGUUAGUUAGGGUGCGAGAGAACAGAGUGAAAAGCAGUGAUGAAGGACAGAGAGAGAGAGAGAGAGAGAAAGAGAGAUGGAGUGUUAAGGUGCGAGAGAACAGAUUGCAGUGAUGAGGGACAGAGAAAGAGAGAGAGAGAUGGAGUGAGUUAAGGUGCGAGAGAACAGAUUGCAGUGAUGAGGGACAGAGAGAGAGAGAGAAAGAGAGAUGGAGUGUUAAGGUGCGAGAGAACAGAUUGCAGUGAUGAAGGACAGAGAAAGAGAGAGAGAGAUGGAGUGAGUUAAGGUGCGAGAGAACAGAUUGCAGUGAUGAAGGACAGAGAAAGAGAGAGAGAGAUGGAGUGAGUUAGGGGGCGAGAGAACAGAGUGAAAAGCAAGGAUGAAAGAGACACACAUAGCACAUAACAGACGCUCAGUGCAUAUCAUGUGAACAUAUACACAACACACACACACUACAUGUCUUCUAUGCACAAACAAGUGCCCUACAUGAACAUUAUACACACACAAACACACCACACAAGCCAUAUUGACAUACACUUCACACACACAGAACCACCUACACAUCACACAAGCACACACACACACACACACACACACACACUUUUAGGUCUGGCCUGAUUUUCAAUCAGUCCCACCUGUACUACUUCCUGAGCAGAGGAGAGAGUGUUAUUCCUCUUUCACGUUUGUUUGUUUGUUUGUUUGUUUGUUUUGGGGUGCUGUCUGUAUGUUGUCUUGAGGAAGCACAGAGGCAGAGAGGCUCAAGGAUUGAGUGAUGAACUGUCCUCUAAACAGAAGAGAAAUAUAGAGAGAGAGAGUGACGGAGAGAAAGAGAGAUGAACGUACGUCCCUGUUCCUGUUAAAGAAAAUGAGAAACGGACUUCUUCUUCCUUUUCUCUCUUUCCUUUCCUGGAGUGUAUCCAUCCCUCGCUCUCUUGGAGUCAGAGUGGAGGGGGCCGGAGUGUCAUGUGUUUUUAAUUCAUUUUAAAGGAAAGGAAAAUAACUUACACUGUAAAAAACUACCCAAGAAAAGGAGCAACCGAAAAAAGCAAGGGAGAGAGUGAGUGUGAAGGAAAGAGGAAAGGAAGGGAUGGAAAGAAAGAAGGCCAAAGAGAGGAAAGGAGGAGAGUGAAUGAGUCCCUCCCUAAAAGUGCACAGUGUCCACACAGUAAUGGGUCACUUUGUUUAACAGUAUCUGUGUUUUCAUAACAUUUUGUCUUUCUUUUCCUCCUCUCUGUCUCUCUCUCUCUCUGGGAGUGUUGUCAGGCAGAUCAGAGACUGAGGUGCCUCUUACAUUAUUAUUGUUUUUGUACAUCUGAAUUCUCUUCCCUAACACUACCAACACAAGCUGUUAUACUGUUGUUAUUAUAAUUAUUAUUAUUAUUAUUAUUAUUAUUAAUGAUUCAUGCUUAUGUUUUGAUGCUGUCCUUACUGAGGUGUAAGGUGACUGAACAUGAACUCUUUGUCCCGCCCUCCUCCUAUCCCUUGCUAUUCAACGUUUCAGAAAAAAAACAUGGGAAAAAAAAAACAUAAAAACGAAUAAACACCAUAAAAAACAGGA